GUGCGAGCGGCCGGAGCGGAGCGGGCCGGGCGGGUCCCGCCGGUGUUGGGUUACAGCUCGGGCUCCCGGCGCGGGGGUGGCGGGAGGAGCUCCAGCCCGGCCUCUCUGUCCCUCCGGGCUCGGCGUGCGGCCGCUCUCUCUGCCAGCCCGGGGCGGCCUCCGGGGAUGAGCGGGCUGCGGCGGCUGUUCCGCGGCAGCGGCCGGGCGCUCGCCUUCGUCUUCGCCGCCUCCGUGGUCUGGCUGCUCCUCGACAUGGCCGCGCUCCGCCUCUCCCUGGGCGAGGCAGGCGGGCGGCUGCUGAAGGAGGCGGCGGGGCGCGGGCGGGAGCGGCUGUUGCGCGGCCCCGAGCCUCCGGGGGACAGUCCCCGGCCCCAUCUCGCCGCGCUCCGGCGCAGGGGCGGAGGGACACGGGUCCCCCGGGAGCCCCCCCGCCCGCCGACCCCCCCGCCCGCCGAUCCCGGGGAAGGGGAUCAGCGGGGCAGGGGCGCUGAGCAGCUGCCCGCGGCUCCCCCGGGGGCUCGGCUGGCCCCGCCGGGCUCGGCUGUGAGCGUGCGGGGCGGGGCGGGGGCUGCAGCGGCGCCGGCGGUCAGCAGAGCCCCGCGGAAGGCAGCGGAGGAGUUUGUCCCGGGCCCCGCCGGGAGCAGAGCCGGGCUGCAGGAGGCACCGCCAGCCCGGGGGGAAGCCCCGCGGUCCCCCCCCGAGCCCCCCUCCCCGGCUCCCGGGCGCCCCGAGCCGGCACAGGGCGCUGGGGUGGGGGCAAAGGGGGCGCAGGGACCCGGACACGCCGCCCCCGGGAGCCCGCAGCGAGCUGCCAGCACGGCCGGGCCGCUUCCCCGGGCUGCGGGGCCGGGCGCACUGCGCGGGCAGGAGCAAACGGAGGUGCGAAAGAAAGAAACUUCCUCCGAAAAUCACUUCGUCCUUAUUAGCAAAGAGGCGAUAACACCAGCAAUCCCACACCCUGGAUCCGACUCCGCGGGCAACUUCACAAACAGGCAAGAAAAGCACAAAGAGCAGCAGCUCACCAACAAAAAUGACGAUGCCCGUACUGCGAACACCAUCCCCGGGCUGGUGCGGGAUGGUGGGAGCCAGACGCGGGGUGCGACACCAGGAGCAGCUCCUGAGCUGCCUGCUGCAGGCAGGGAUGGACAGGGACAGGCAGGUGGCAGCCCAGGGACACACAGGGUCUUGUUCCUGGAUGUGACGCUUGCCCCGAGAGACCCGCAAGCUCCUGGCCAAUUUGGGCACCCUGUUGCAGUCCCUGAUGACAAACAAGAAGAAGCAAAAAGUAGAUGGAAAGAAGGAAACUUUAAUGUCUACCUCAGCGACUUGAUCCCCGUGGACCGAGCCAUCGCAGACACCAGGCCUGCCGGGUGCUCGGAGCAGCGGGUUCACGACGACCUGCCGACCACCAGCAUCAUCAUGUGCUUCGUGGAUGAAGUGUGGUCCACGCUGCUCCGCUCCGUUCACAGCGUCCUCAGCAGAUCUCCCCCGCACCUCAUCGAAGAACUCAUUUUGGUGGAUGACUUCAGCACUAAAGAGUACCUCAAGGAGAAGCUGGCCCAGUACAUGCUGCGGUUCCCAAAGGUGAAGAUCCUCCGUCUCAAGAAGAGGCACGGGCUGAUCCGGGCCAGGCUGGCGGGAGCGGAGAUCGCCAAAGGCGCCGUCCUGACGUUCCUGGACUCGCACGUGGAGUGCAACGUGGGCUGGCUGGAGCCGCUGCUGGAGAGGGUCCGACAGAGCCGCGCCAAGGUCGCCUGCCCCGUCAUCGAGGUCAUCAGCGACAAGGACAUGAGUUACAUGACCGUGGACAACUUUCAGCGUGGGAUUUUUACUUGGCCAAUGAAUUUUGGAUGGAAGCAGAUUCCACAAGAGGUCAUUGAGAAAAACAAAAUCAAGGAAACUGAUAUAAUAAGGUGCCCGGUCAUGGCGGGAGGCCUCUUUUCCAUCGAUAAGAAGUAUUUUUUUGAGCUGGGGAUGUACGACCCAGGACUGGAUGUCUGGGGGGGUGAAAAUAUGGAGAUAUCAUUCAAGGUCUGGAUGUGUGGGGGAGAGAUUGAGAUCGUUCCGUGCUCCCGAGUCGGGCACAUUUUCAGGAACGACAACCCUUAUUCCUUCCCAAAAGACCGGGUGAGCACGGUGGAGAGGAACUUGGCCCGCGUGGCCGAGGUCUGGCUGGACGAGUACAAGGAGUUGUUCUACGGCCACGCGUACCACUUAGUCCUGAAAAACCUGGACGUCGGUGACCUGACUCAACAAAUCCAACUGCGAAAGAAGCUGCAGUGCAAAAGUUUCCAGUGGUACCUGGAGAACGUCUACCCAGACCUUGACGCUCCCCUGGUUAAAGCCAGCGGGCUGCUUGUUAACAUAGCCAUGGCAAGGUGUGUCACUGUGGAAAACACCACUCUGGCUUUGGAGACGUGUGAUGUUAACAACAAGCACCAGCAGUUCAACUACACGUGGCUGCGGCUGAUCCAGCACCGAGAGCUCUGCGUCUGCCCGGCCAGCUCCGCAGGAACCCCCGGCCUGCGCCGCUGCCACGGCCGGAGCCGCAGCCUGACCUGGCUGCACCGCUCCCUGGUCACCUCGCAGCCCCACAUGACCGACCACAUCAUCUCCGGGCACCUCCAGCCACCGACGUGCUUGGAAGCGGAUCCAUCUCACAAAGCCCUGAGGGUAAAUGCCUGUGACUCUGCAAAUCCUUACCAAAAGUGGCGGUUUGGCAAUUACUAUGCGGACUGAAGGGAGCACAGCUGAACCAGGAACACUGUGUUUUCAUCUUGUGAACUCAGCCAGGGCAUCUGUGCGACUUGUGACAGCAGUUGCAAAACUGGAAGUUCAUUUCCAAAUGAUAACUGAAAUCCAUAACUUAAACCACCGUAUUGAGGGAUCAGAAUACCAAGAGCAGCACAUCUGGGUUAAUGAUGGCUGAAACAGGCGUGUUUUUCUCUGAGCAUGGGACACCUUGGCAAAAACGUAAAUAAUUUUCUGUAUUAUUAAAUGGAAAUAUUUUCUGAAGUCGCAAACCUCCAUCAGUUGCCCUUGGACAACAACAUAAGCCACAGAAAUGUUUCCAGGGCUCUGUAGUCUGCAACAGCAAACCGGGCUGCUUAUUCUUCCAGGGCCUGAGAAAAUGGAGGUUUAUUGACCAGUGCAUUAAAAAAUCCAUCCGCUGGGCCUGGCCGCAGGAUCCUGCCCCGUGGGACCGUUGUCUCUGACAGAUGAGGAUCAGGGUUCCCUUAGGAAUCGACUGCAUAUUGAAAAAGCCGCCUUUUAAUGAUGCGCGUCGCACGCGGGUCUCAGCGGAGCCUCCGCCGUCCUGCCGUCACCAAACCUCGUACCUCUUCUGGUUCUUCAGAAGGCCCGACACACCGUUACCUCUCAGGUGGCAGAUCAGCGCUGAUGGCAAAGUGCAGAUCAGUCUGCAAAAUAUUGACCAGCCCAACAGAGUUUUCCCUGUCAGCUCCUGUUCCUGAUUUUCUCUCCCUCCUGGGGCGCAGCCAGCCUGCAGUCGCCAUCACAAAAAUGACACGGAUGUUGUUUGUGCUGUCAUCUUUCAUCAGGAGCGUGGAGUUCAUCACACUCUGCUGACAUCCACUCACUUGGCACUGAGCAGGCACCGCGUGGCCGUAUGUCAUGGUCACAUCCCACUGCCAGGCUGUCACUCGUACCCGGCUCACCGUUGGUGUGAAUGCUCACUUCCACCUUGGCGUCUUUUGCCUCCAGACCGCAGCGUGCCUUUGGGGUGCCGGCAGUGAGCUGCGCCCCGGCUCUUGCACACCGUUCAGAGGCGUUUGGGUUGUACCCGUCACCCCGCCUGCCAGAAACGGGAGCGUGUUUUCCGGCAGACGUGGCAAUAGGCGUCUCGCUCCUCCCCGGCGAGCUGCCCGUGCCUUUUGCCAUCUCCACGGACACACCUGGGUCUCCGUCACGCCUCGGGUUUGGGUUCUGGGAGCGUGAGGGAGGGGGCACGGCCGGCGGGGGGACAGUGCGGGGCGGGGAAGGAGCCGCUGGGGGGCGGUGUCGGCAGCGGGAGACGGGCGCAGCGUUCCCGAAGAGAACAGGUGCGGCCGCGGGAGGGACGCGGCCCGUCACGCCGUGCUGCCGUCACCACGGACCCGCGCUCCAAGCGGCCACGGGUGGAGGCCCCAUUUGGGUUGUUUUGUUUGGUGUUAAAAAACUUUUUGAAAAGGGAAUAAAUGGUAAUAGAUGAAGUUUCUUCCUCCGA